GGUAUCAAAACUGCUUUUCCCCCUUUCGUCUAUGGAAUUAAUAUUUUCUGAUAUCUCACAGAUCACAUACACUUCUCUCUUCUGCUUUUUUUUUGUAGCCUACAUGAAAAUGACUAUCUUUAGGAAAUUCUAGCGCUGUAUAUAUUCCAUUCCUCAGUUACCAAUAAGCUCUGGCUGUAAUGACCGACUGCAGAAAAGGGAGCGAGAAAAUUAAGAGUUGCGAAGAGUCGGGUAGCUUAGCUAUGUCCCCCACCCCAGCACUCACCAAAAUAACGGGGAAAAAUGAGGAGUCGUAGCGGGAAGCCAGGAAUCGAAUGGGUAUAGAUAGCGGGUGGGGGUUUAUUAAGCAGGGUAGGGAGAGACCCUUAUGUUAAUAGUAGUUUUCGAAGAAUACGGCAGCAAAAUCGAGUGCAUUGAAUGAUGGUGGUAGCGGAAUAUCAAAUAGAAAGCUUCGUAUUUCUAUAACAAUCUCUGCUACAUCCCACCGACCAUCUAUAUUACUCAGCGACACCAACAUCCCCUUUACUCUCUCCCUCAUAUUUACCACACCCUUACUCGUUCUCUUCUGCUUAUGAAACUAGUACAGACCAGGACGACGCACUGCUAGUAAGCCUUUAGCGACAGCAGAACAGUGCUACCGGCACCGAAUCUAGGUGUAUUAUAAUUCUCAGCAGUAAAAGCUUGCCGUAGAAGAAAGAAAGAACGAACGAUUUUGAUAGAGAGAAAAAGAAAGAAAGGAAGAAAAGCGAACGAAAGAACAUAAUUGAAAAAAAAAAAAAAGAAAAAGAAAAAAUUUAUUUAUAUGCAAAUCGAAGAAAAAGAAAGGGAGCAAAAAAGAUAAUCAAAAAUAUUUCAUGGAAGAACAAUUUUCAUUUAUUUAUUUUUAAUUUCAAUGUAAAAAUAACAUAAACAAAGGCAGAGGAAGAAAUAUAUAUAAUAUUUGGCGUUGUUAAAUUGUUUAUUAUUUUUUGUUAGAUUUUAUUAAAUUUCUGUGGUGAUGAUGAUGAGGUAUUUCAGAUGAAAAUUAAGCAUUGUUUGUUGGAGUAACAACUCCCGGCGGGCUGAUGAAUUAAAAAAAACUGGUUGCUGAGGCCAGCAGACGCCAACAUCAACUGCACUAUCAUCAUCAUUAUUAUUACUACAAGAAUCUCUCUCAGUCUAGCAACAGUUGUUGUGUGUAUCAACGACAUACUCUAACAUAAUAUAAUAUAACAUAACAACAACAUUUACCAACGAAAAAUCUCACGUUCGCUCGUUGUUCGGAGCAGAUGAAAAGAAACUCUGCGGUCUUUACUCACUAAAUUUCAAUUUAUCGGAGGAUAACUUACAAUACCGUUUCCCCCACAACCAAUUCUUAUCGCUUCUUUUACUUCGUGGACUUAUUUCUGCAAGAAUUUUUCCUUAAAAAAAAAAAGGAAAACAAAAUAUCAUGUGCGCGAAUUUUGGUUUAUACUGCGCUCUGAUUCGACUGGGCCUCUACUCCUUUGGUCGUCGAGUUUGUUGUACCUGUCGUAGCCCACCAGAAAAGCCUGUAUUUCAAGUGUUGUGUUUGGGACUUACUGGAUCCGGAAAGAGUGCUAUUAUAUAUGCCUUAAGUAACGAUUCUGUUGACAAAUUGGAGCCUACAGUAGGUUUCCUUAUUAAGCCUUUAGAAUUCACUGAUUGUAUAUUUGAAAUGAAAGAACUGGGAGGUGCUGAUAAUGUGAGGAUUUAUUGGGAUCGGUACCUUUCUGGUGUGGAUGCUUUGAUUUAUGUUGUGAACAGUGCAGACACUGCUGAUGAUCUGCAGCUUGCAAGCCAAGAAUUGACACGAAUAUUACAGAAUAAGCAACUCAAUAAUGUUCCACUUCUUCUAAUGGCAAAUCACCAUGACAUGGAAGAUGCACGAUCUAUGGACCAGCUGAAGCAGAUAUUUGAUUGGCCGAUAAUAUCAACCAAUCGUCAGUGCAUCAUUCACCCCUGCUCCAUCAAGAAUACAGACACCAUUGAACAAGGUUUCAAAAAACUAUGUGGAAAAUUGCAGAUAAAUGCAUCUAGUCCAGGAAAAUAAGUAAUUUGAAGUCAUGAAAGUGUCUUAAAAAUUGUAAUUUUUCUCCACAUUGGGGCAAGAAUACGUAUUUAUUUAUUUGUCUUCAUUAUUGUCAUUGGACGCAGUAUCCAAUAUUUGAUUAAUUCACCUGGUUUAAUCAGUUUCUGUAUCAGAAUUUGAUUAAUCCAUCAUGCAUCCUAUCACUCAAUAUAUUCAUUGGAAAAAAUUUAUGCUCCUUGUAAGCGUAUGUCUUUGACCUGAUUUUCAUUCCCAGUUAUUCUCAUUUCACUUCACAUACAUCACUAAUGCCUUGAAUGUCACACAAUUCUAAUUUCUUCCGUCUUUGUAAAAGUAAGGCCCUGUGCCUACAUAAAAAAAAAUCAUUAUUCAUUUAUUCCACUAACCUCACAAUCUAUCAAGAUUUUAUUGUUGUAUCUUGGGUGAGUCAUAAUUCCAAUAAUAAACACAUGCAUUGGUUCUAUUUCACUUUAUUUGUCAAUUGGUUAACUAACUAAUUAACCAAUCAGUCAUUUGAUUGAUUGAUUAACCAAAUGAUUAAUCAAACAAUCAAUUAGUUAAUUGAUGAAAUAGUGAACUGACUGGAAAAUAAAUAAUAAAGAAGUGAAAUACAACCAGUGUGUGUGUGUGUUUUUAUUACUGGCAUAAUGACCCUCCCAAGAUACUACAAAACAUGCUUCAACUGAUGAGUUCACAUCAAAAAUCUUGCAAACCAAAUACAAAAAUGACAUUUUUAUUUAUUUACCUAUUAUUUUUUUUUCAUUCUUUUUGAAAUAUUUAAUAUUUUCAUUAAAAUUCCUGGAUGGGUGAUUUGGCAGAAAUAGUAUGCAAACACUCUAUGUGCUUUAGUUAUAACUAUUUGAGUGUCUUAAUUUAAUGAGGGUUGAUGUUGAUUUUUUUCAUCCCAGUAAUUCCCAUCCCAAUCGACAAAUUAUUUUAUAUAUAACACAGGACUGUUCUUCCCCAUAGUACCUAUUUACAUUGAUGUGGUCUGAGUUAUAUGAAAAUUUAUUGCUUUUACUAUGGGUUUACCAUUGCCCUGAUAAUGAGAUAUGAAUAGUCAAUCCUUUGGCUGGUAGACUAACAAACUUAUUACAACCAAUCUGUAGCAAACAAUAGGUCUAUAUUUGGAGCAAUAGGUACAUGGCUUACAUCUAGUCAUUUCCUUGGGUACAUGAGAGUUGACAUGGGAGUACAAAGGGCUUAGCAGUUAGGCAAUUCAGCUUAUGAUUAUAAGACUGUGAGUUCAAUUCCCGUCAGUGCAUUAUGUCCUUGAGAAAAACACUUUAUUUCACAUUGCUCCACUUCACUCAGCUGGCAAAAAUGAGUAGAACCUGUAUUUCAAAGGGCCACCCUUGUCGAACUCUGUGUCAUGCUGAAUCUCCCUGAGAACUACAUUAAUGGUAUAUGUGUUUGUGGAGUACUCAGCCACUUGCACAUUAAUUUCAUGAGCAGGCUGUUCCAUUGAUCGGAUCAACACAUGUUGUCGUAACCAAUGGACUGCCAGUUUUUUUUUUGUUUUUUGUUUUUUUAUGGAGAUACACAACUGCACAAGCUAUCAACUGCAGUUUUAUAUCUAAUGCAUUAUCAUGAAUAAUAUUUUACCUCAAAAUCCCUUGUAUCCUUUCUCUCUAUAAAUAUCCCUCUUCAUCUUUCUGUUUAACUUUGCUGUAACAAGACCCACAGUACGGUUUUUAAGUAGUUUAUACAUAAUGAUCAUCACUGCUAUAAUUUACAUAGAGUAAUAAUCGCUACUGUUGUUACAUAUAAUAUUCAUUGUCACUUUCAUCAUCAUCAUCAUCGUCACCAUCAUAUAAUGUCCACCUUUUCAAUGCUUGCAUAGGUCAGACAAUUUGUUGAGGUAGAUUUUCUACAACUGGAUGUCCUCCCUGUUGCCAACCUUCACCUGUUUCCAAGGAAGGUAAUAUUUCUCCAUGGCCUGACAUGUUUUUAAGGAAGACUGGAAAUGAACAACAUUGUUUGUAUACUGGUGAUGCUCACUUACAAUCAUCAUAUAAUAUUAAAACACACAGACACACAAACACACACAGACACACAAACACACACAGACACACAAACACACACACACAUGUACACAAACACACCUCUUUCAGUUUCUGUUUACCAAAUUCACUCACAAGGUUCUGUUCUGCCUGGGACUAUAGCAGAUGACACUUGCCCAAAGUGCUGCACAGUGGGACUGAACCCAAGACCACAUGGUUAUAACUUACACAUUUUAGUCAUUACAUUUAAUUACGAUCACUGUUACAUCUGAUAACUACUAUAUCACUGCAAAACUGCACAGCCUGAUAUGGUUAGGCUGCUGGUCUCAUAAUUGUGAGGAUUUAAUUCACAGACUGAGAAACACACUGCUUUCUUGGGCAAGGUACUUCAUUUUACAUUAUCCCAAUCCAAUCCACUCAGCUAAAAAUGAAUCAUGUCAGCUGCAGAGUUGCUCCUUUAAAGAUUAUUAGGCCAUAUUAUGACAAAUGCAUGAUGUCAGUGACCCUUGGUAGCUAUAGAAGGUAAGUCAUCAUAGCUAUAGUUACAUAUAUAUAUAUAUAUAUAUAAACAAAUGAUAUAUAAGCAUAUGCAUGUACAUACCUACAUCUACAUGUAUAUAUAGAUGCAUAUUCAGGUACAGGACGUUAGAAAAAUGAACAGGAGCAUAAAAACAAAAUGGACUUUGUUUACAGACAGCAGAACGAACACAGGAAAACAAACAAGCUACUUAUGGAAUUAUCCCUUCAUCAGCUGCCUCAAUUCUAAAACUAGGCGUUUCGAAGAUAAGGCAGGAUGCACUCUUAGAAUGGUUUCUUCCUGAGUAGUGGAUUAAUAUAUAUAUAUACUAGUUACUAUAGUUAUAGUUAUUUUUAGUAACUGAGUAUGACUUUAAAUUACAUCUAAUCAUGGGGGCCCUAGUUUGGGCAUUCCAGAGUUUUGAGGAGUGUGGACCCACUUCUUAGCCACUAUUGUUCCCAGCUCUAUUCAGACUUAGCGUAGUAACUACUGUCAAGGUGCCAUCUAUGGGUUAAUUGGCAUGUCAUGGAAGAAGGUUAGAGACACCCUAGCAGACCCUGGUCUUCAGCUCUUUAGCUGCUUACCUAAGAGAAGGUAACUCUAUACAAAUCUCUCUUCUUGAUAACCACUGAGCUCGUGUCACUUGGGACCAGCUCUGCACAAACCAUGCCAACUAUAAUGAUAUUCAUUGAACAGAUUGUUCAGAAAAUCAUGAUACCUGUGCCGACAUUGUCACACUUUCUUCAUACGUCCAGUGGCGAUGCGGAGAGAAGUGACGGGGGACAAGUAUAGGAUGCUACCGCAAGUCUUCAGCUUUGAUCCUACACACAGAUGGCCAUAGGGUUAAUGGUCUGCAAUCCUACCAUGUGCAGCUGUGUGUCACUGAACUCACAUUCAUCAAAGCAACAAGAGAGACCAUCAGCUUCUGUUUAGUAGUCACCAUAGCUAAAAUAGCACACACAAGACACCACAGUUAUAGCUUACAUACAGUAGUCAUCACUGCCAUACUUUGCAUAAGCAUCACUGCUGUAGUAACAUAAAAUAGUCGUCUCUGCUUCCAGCAGUCAUAGGUUUAGAAAACUUAAAUAUAGAUUUAUGCUUUUGAAAUGCAUUUGUAACACACUGUUCACACGUUUUAUAGAAAUAUCAAUACUCAUCUUUAUCUUCUUGGUUAUAUUUUUUUAAUAUUUUUCAUCUCAUCAUCAUCAUCAUCAUUGUUGUCGUCAUUAUUAUUAUUAUUAUUAUUAUUAUUAUUAUUUAUUAUUAUUAUUAUUAUUAUUAUUAUUAUUAUUAUUAUUAUUAUUAUUAUUGUUGUGGUUUUUAUUAUUAUUAUUAUUGUUGUGGUUUUUAUUAUUAUUAUUAUUGUUGUGGUUUUUAUUAUUAUUAUUAUUGUUUUUAUUAUUAUUAUUAUUAUUAUUAUUAUUAUUAUUAUUAUUAUUGUUUUUAUUAGGGUGGUAAAUUCAGAAGCGGUAAAGUGAAGGGCAAAAAUGCUUUGCAGUAUUUAGUUGCAUUCCUUUAUGUUGCGCAUUCAAAUCCCUCUGGAGUUGAUUUUUGUCUUUCAUCCUUCUGAUGUCUAUGAAUUAAGUAUCUCAGUCUACUUUGAGGAUCAAUAGUAAAGUCUAUAACCUUCUCUAGAAAUUUGUAGCCUUGUGCUUGUGUCAGACAUCAUUAUCAUCAUCAUAGUCAUCAUCGUCAUCGUCAUCAUCAUCAGCAGCAUCAUCGGCAUAAAUUCCUGAACGUAUUUAGUUAUAUUUCUCAUUCUACAGUCUGUGUUCAAUUCCUGUUAGGAUUCUCUUUGAUUGUUUCCUUAUGGGGGAAAUAAAAUAAGUUCUGACUUUAUAUUAGGAGUGAUUCAGUCAAAUAUAUCUUUGAUUCCCCAAGAAUGUGUGGCCUCGUGUCAAAAUGAAAAAUUAUUAUUGUUGUUUAUUCUGGUUCUUUACAUUCUGGGUUCAAAUCCUACUGAAGUCAACUUUGCUAUUCAUUCUCUUAGGUCAUUAAAAAAAGUACUAAUCAUGUUUUAGGGUCAACUAAGCCCUUCUUCAUUAAAACUUGCUGGCCUUGUGCCAAAAUUUGAAACAGCUAUUUUUAUUAUUAUCACUUAAAAGCGAUUAAAUGCUAAUUUAAUUAGCAGGGAUGUCAUCCUGAAGUUUGGUAACAACAAGUUUCCUCAGAUGUCAAAAAUCUUUCUGAGGAUCCUUGCAGAAUACAGGAUGGAAUUUUUCAGCAGAUCAACGAUAUGAGUCUCAAGUCCAAUAUCCUUCAGCCUGUUCGGUGGCAGUUUGGGUGUUGUGCCAAGUGUAUGAAUAACCACAACAAAUGUCACCUUUGUCUUCCACAAUCUCUUCGUGUCUCUGGUUAGAUCCUGAUAUUUCUCAAGUUUACCAUUUUGUUUUUGGUGUCCACUCUUCUAUCAUAUGGAGUUUCAAAGUCAUCUUGCAUUGUAUUUUUUCUUUUUUCUUUUUUUUUUUUUUUUUUUUUGUUCUUUGCUUGUUGUCUUUUUGGUCUCCUUGCUACAACAGUAUGGAUGAUACUCAUUUUCAGCUAACUGAACUGAGCAAUGUGAAAUGACAUGCUUUGCUCUUGGCCAAAAUCAACAACUGAGCCCAGGAGUUGAACCUACAAAAAGACUUAUAGAAAGACUUUUUGCCCUCUUCACCUAAUGUUUUAUUUAUUUAUUUUAUUUUUUUUUUGCUAUCUCUCCUCUUUCUUUCUUUCCUUUUCUAGCACCCUUUCUCUUUUCUCCACUGCCAAAUAUCUGACCCCCACCCCAACUCUUUAUUCUGGAACCUAAAGAUUUUCUCCUGCAAUGCUUCAUAUUUAUACCUAUAUAAGGUCUGAUCGAUAAGUAUCUGGACUGUUGCCAUAGUAACGAAGCUAAAGCACACAGAGUGAAGCCGCUUGGCACAGAUUGACCUUGAACUUCGCUGUGCAUGCGCAAUAAGUUUUAACAUUCUAGCUCACUUCCGCUGUUUACAGCAGUGCUUGAAAGGAACGUGUGUAGCGUGUGAUCAGCGCAUUGACCAUGACAGAGAAAGUUGUCAUGGCGAUACCUGCUCAGAGGCUUGCGCAAAGUUGCAGAAAGUGUAUGGAGAGGAGUGUAUGAGCUGUACACAACUGUAUGAGUGGUUCAGAUGUUUCCAAGAUGGUUGAAAAACUGUUGAUAUUCACGAACGUUCUGGGAGACCCACAACCAGCAGAACUGAGAAAAACAUUGCAGAUAUGCAUGCAGUUGUGAGGGGAAAUCAUUGAAUCACCAUUCAUGUGUUAUCAGAAGAUGUGCAGAUUAGUUACGGUUCAGUUCAGUCCAUUAUCACUGAAGAUUUGGGUAUGAGACACGUUCCUGUCAGGUUUGUGUCAAAACUGCUUUCAGCUGACCAGAAAGACUCUCAGGUUUCAGUUGCACAAGAUCUCCUUGAUUGUGUCAAGAAUGAUGGAAACUUUGCAUAGGCCCCUGAACAGGUAUUGCCAAGCUUUUGGCAAAAUUUGAUGCAGAUUCUCUGCUCAACUUACUCCAUCAUGGUCAAUGUGACAAUCACACGCUACACACCUUCCUUCCAAAGAUUGCUAUAAAUAGCGUAAGUGAGCAAGAAUGUUAAAACUUAGUGCAACAUGCACAGCAGAGGUCAAGGUCAAUAUGUGCCAAGUGGCUUCACUCUGCAUGCUUUAGCUUCGUUACUAUGGCAACAGUCCGGAUACUUAUUGAUCAGACCACAUACAUGUAUGUGUAUAUACUUCCAUAUGAACAUGCAUGCAUUUAUGCAUGUAUCAAUACUAGUCCUUUAAACCUCUUAGCAUUUAAAUUAGCUACAUAUGUCCUAAAUAUUCUACCUGUUUUAUGUUCAAACCAGCCAGAUCCAGCCACUCACACCAAUCCUACAAUGCCAUUCAAAAAACAAGCAAUCACAUAACCAAAGUCUCAAAGCUAUGAGACAGUGCAUGAUUAAUUCAAAACAAUGUGAAUAAAUAAGUAUUACAUUUGACAGAGUAUUCUAAAUGCUAAAGGUUUAAAUAGAUUUAGUAUAUAAACUCAAGCAUUAUGAGUAAGAAAUUCAUAAAAUCCAUCCUUGUUAUCAAUAAUAUUUCUAUUAUUCCACCAUUAACACAUCUUUAGUUACAUCAUCAUUGCAACCAUCUUCAUAACCAUCAUUAUAACCAUGGUUUUCCAUAUCGUUUAUAUUGAAAGAGAAAUAGAAAAGAAGAAAUGUAUUUAGCAAAACUUCAGUAAACAAGACAAUAACUUGUUUUUAAUGUAUGUAAAUAGCACAGAAGAAAGUAUGUUCAAUAAAGAAUCUAAUUGUUUUGUUUUGAUUUUUAAAUAAUCUGUUUUUAUUGGAUACAAUGCCUGUCCUUACGAAGAUGCAAAGCUUGCCCAUUGUAUUGAUAUAUUUAUUCUCAACUGUAGAUGUGAGCAAUUUCUCAAUAAUUUUUAAAGGUUUAUAUCUGCACAAAAAUGUUAUGAUGUGCAAACUUUUCCCAGUGACAAAAUAAUGGAAAAAGAAAAAAAAAAGGAAAAGAAAAAAAUUGCAUGAAACUGAAAAAUAAUAAAAUUUUGGUUGUGUAUUUCAUUUUUGGUUUAUGAAUUAUCUAUACACAUAAACACACACAUACAUACAUACAUACAUACAUACAUACAUACAU